AUGACGGAGAGACUGGGUGCCAUGGCCAUCGCCGCGGCCGGCGCUUACGCCAUGACCUCCGGGUUUGUGGUGAGCCAGCCGGCCGCACAGCAGCCAAGCGAGCUGCGCCUGAGGGGUGCGCAGGCGCAGCCCAACUCCAGCGCAGGCUUCAGCUCCACCGUGCUCAACUUGGCUGGCGCUGGCACCGUGGUGGCCGGCUUGGCCGUGAGCCAGCGCAAGCGCACAGCCCUCCGUGCUGAGAAGUUCGCAGGUGGCCUGGUGGGCAGCGCCGGCGGCUUCGGCGAGUACCAGUUCGACCCCAUCGGCUUGGCGGAGCGCUACCCCACUUUGCUCCCUUGGUUCCGUGAGGCCGAGCUCAAGCACGGUCGUGUGGCGAUGCUUGCCUUCCUCGGUCUCAUCGUCCCCGAUGCUUUCCGCUUGCCGAUUGAUGGCGCCUCGGACUUGUCCAUCGAUGUCAUCAAUGCGCACAACAAGCUCAUUGGUCCCGGUCUCGGCGAGGGGCUGAUGUGGAACCUGAUGGUGGUCGUCGGCGCCAUCGAGUCGGUCCGCUUCAAGCAGAUCGGCCUCGGCUUUGAGAACCUGACGCUCGAGAACGCCGGAGAUCUCGGCUUGCGCGGAUUGGCACCGGGCACCGAGGAGGGCAUGAAGCUGGUGCGCACCCAGGAGCUUAAGAACGGACGUCUGGCGAUGCUCGCCGUGGGUGGCUGCCUCACGCAGGCCGUGGCCUUCGAUGUCCACCACUUCCCCUUCUUGUUCCUUCUUGGCUUGCUCGGACCGGACAAGCGACCUGAGGGUGCGCCGAAUGCUCGGCGAUCCAUGCUGCCAGCGACGAACCGCUUGAGCGCCGACGGGAAGCCCAACAAAAAGCAAUGGGCGGCCAACUCGGCUUUCGUUGCAGAUCCAAAGAAGAACUUGAGCUCGCGAACCACACCGUCAAAGAAGGCGAGACGGGGGUCUGAGGCCGGCUUGACGAUGGACUCCUGGGGCUUCGGAUUCAUGGCUCGCACCCGGUCGUUGAAGAGCGAGAUCGACGAGGACGCUUAA